CCUACCUUUUAAUGUUUAGGGUCAACCAUCACAGUGAUUCUGUUGAUGAGAACAGCUACAUGAUCACCGUUGAACAUUUCAGUCUGUAGACUCUGUGGAGCUGCUAGAGGUUUUUCGUCAGGCUGUCUGUGAAUGUGUCUGUCUGUGAAUGUGUCUGUCUGUGAAUGUGCCUGUCAGGGAAUGAUGUCUGUGGGGAUUCUCCGUGCUUUGGUCACAGCUAGCCAUGGGGACGAGGGGAUGCUUUGGUCACAGCUAGCCAUGGGGACGAUGGGAUGCUUUGGUCACAGCUAGCCAUGGGGACGAGGGGAUGCUUUGGUCACAGCUAGCCAUGGGGACGAGGGGAUGCUUUGGUCACAGCUAGCCAUGGGGACGAGGGGAUGCUUUGGUCACAGCUAGCCAUGGGGACGAGGGGAUGCUUUGGUCACAGCUAGCCAUGGGGACGAGGGGAUGCUUUGGUCACAGCUAGCCAUGGGGACGAGGGGAUGCUUUGGUCACAGCUAGCCAUGGGGACGAGGGGAUGCUUUGGUCACAGCUAGCCAUGGGGACGAGGGGAUGCUUUGGUCACAGCUAGCCAUGGGGACGAGGGGAUGCUUUGGUCACAGCUAGCCAUGGGGACGAGGGGAUGCUUUGGUCACAGCUAGCCAUGGGGACGAGGGGAUGCUUUGGUCACAGCUAGCCAUGGGGACGAUGCUUUGACGGCUUGUGAUAAAACAACACAGAGAGGGGCUCUGUAAGGUGAGACCAACAAAGGCCUUGGUAAAUCAUCCACCAUUCAUUGUCUUCAAUAUUCCAUAACUGAUUAGGAGCGUAGAUUGUAGUCCAGCGAUGACAGGCGAUAGUGGUGCAGCUAACAGAGGUCUGGAACUUUAUCUAGGUUGUCAUAAAAAAAAUUGCAAUUUUUUUCCACAUAGAUGUAAAAAGGAAGUAAGCAGUAAGAAAAUAUGAUUGUGUAUAGGAAGGAGAAAGAGGGAGACAGAGAGAGUGGAGGAAUAGGGACACACACAGAGAGAGAGAGAGUGGAGGAAGAGGGACACACAGAGAGAGAGAGAGAGAGAGAGAGAGAGAGAGUGGAGGAAGAGGGUGUAAGAAACUCCAGCGGGCGUGUAGGGGGAGUGUCUGUACGUGUUCUUCAGAGGGACGGUGGUGAGUACCACCCUGACACAGACCCCCACAUAACUACGGAACCACUGCACGUCUGGUACCGGUUGUGUCCCCAUUGGCGUUUGUCAUAAAAGGAGGUGGAGCGAGGCAAAGCUUCCCACCUGGCCCAGCCACACACACACACACACACACACACACACACACACACACACACACACACACACACACACUCUCUCUCUCUCUCUCUCUCUCUCUCUCUAUGCUACCCCUCAUCCCCUGAUGGGCACCUCAUCACACCGUGCCAAAAGUCCACCGUCGCUGCUAACAACCACACCACACCCCUAACCGCCGGCCAUCGCCAUGGAGAUGACGCAGUCAAUGAUGAUGGACAGAGAGAACGAAGGAGGAGAGAAAGAGAAAGGGGAGGAGUCAUCGCAGGAGAACGGCAGACUCAUGCUGGCUGACGGAGGGGUGGCAGAGAAGGGGGACCCCAAAGUGAACUCUGGUGGGGGGUCAGGAGGGGUGUCCAACGGGUACCCCACGUCCACAGCGCAGAGCCCAAAGGAGGGAGUGGGGGGUGUACCCGCAGGGGCCCCCAGGACUCUAGUGGUCCAGCAGACCAGUCUGGACCGGCCCCGGGAGACCUGGAGCAAGAAGAUGGACUUUCUGUUGUCUGUGAUUGGCUACGCCGUGGACCUGGGAAAUGUGUGGCGCUUCCCCUACAUCUGCUAUCAAAACGGCGGAGGUGCCUUCCUGCUGCCCUACAUGUUGAUGGCGGUAUUCGGCGGCGUGCCUCUGUUCUACAUGGAGCUGGCACUGGGGCAGUUCCACCGCAGCGGCUGCAUCUCCAUCUGGAAACACAUCUGCCCCAUUUUCAAGGGUGUGGGCUUCGCCAUCUGCAUCAUAGCGCUGUACAUAGCGUUCUACUACAACACCAUCAUGGCUUGGGCCCUGUACUACCUGCUGGCGUCGUUCCGGCCCACCCUGCCCUGGACCACGUGCUCCAACCCCUGGAACACGGUCAACUGUCUCCGCUACCUGUCCACCGACAGCAACGUCACCUGGACCAACACGUCCACCUCGCCCGCCGAGGAGUUCUAUACGCGUCAGGUACUGCAGGUACACAUGUCUCCAGGUCUGCACCAGCUUGGCAGUGUGAGUUGGCAGCUGGCUCUCUGCCUCCUGUUCAUCUUCACCAUCGUCUACUUCAGCAUCUGGAAGGGAGUCAAGACCUCUGGCAAGGUGGUGUGGGUGACAGCCACCUUCCCCUACCUUGUCUUGCUGGUGCUGCUCGUUCGUGGGGCCACUCUGCCCGGGGCCUGGAGGGGCGUGGUCUUCUACCUCAAACCUGAUUGGGGGAAACUACUCAGCACCACAGUAUGGAUUGAUGCAGCAGCUCAGAUCUUCUUCUCUCUGGGGCCAGGUUUCGGGGUUCUCCUGGCCUUUGCGAGCUACAACCCCUUUCACAACAACUGCUACAAGGAUGCGUUGGUAACCAGCUCGGUGAACUGCCUGACCAGUUUCCUCUCUGGGUUUGUCAUCUUUACCGUGCUCGGCUAUAUGGCUGAGAUGCGUAAAAUAGGCGUGGAGACCGUAGCCAAGGAUGCUGGUCCCAGUCUGCUGUUCAUCAUCUAUGCUGAAGCCAUCGCCAACAUGCCCGCUGCCACCUUCUUCGCCAUCAUCUUCUUCCUCAUGAUCAUCAUGCUGGGGCUGGACAGCACGUUUGCUGGUCUGGAGGGGGUGAUCACAGCCAUGCUGGAUGAGUUCCCCCAGUUGUUGUCUAGGAGGAGGGAGUGGUUUGUCCUGGGUCUGGUGUGUGUCUGCUACCUGGGAGCGCUCUCCACCCUCACCUACGGAGGUGCGUUUGUGGUGAAACUGUUUGAGGAGUACGCCACAGGACCUGCUGUCAUCACUGUGGUCUUCCUAGAAGUCAUCGCUGUUUCCUGGUUCUACGGCACGAGUCGUUUCUGCGCUGAUGUCAAUAUGAUGCUGGGCUUCUCCCCUGGACUAUUCUGGAGGGUGUGCUGGGUAGCCAUCUGCCCCAUCUUCCUACUGUUCAUCAUUGUCAGUUUCCUGGCGUUCCCCCCGGAGGUCAAGUUGUUUGACUACAUCUACCCACCCUGGACCACUGUUCUGGGCUACUGCAUCGGAGUGUCCUCCUUCAUCUGUGUACCAGCCUACAUGGUGUACCACCUGCUCACUGCCAAAGGGACCUUUAAACAGCGUCUCCUGAAUGGCAUCACCCCUGUACCCAGCGGGCCUCAAAGUGACAUUAUCAUCACCCACGCCGUCUGACCCAGUGGUCUGACCCAGUGGUCUGACCCAGUGGUCUGACCAGGCCGAGUGGACUACACCACCCUCUGCUGGACAUAGAGCACAACUGCAGGACGGGGAGGGUUCACGCCUCCCCCACUUCUCCUCCAGAACCCCCACAGCAGACUUCAGAAGCACAGAGGCACCCUGUUUAUCCCACAGACCCCAGGGCUGAGGUGUGGGCGCUGGGCCACACUGUCUGCAGCAUCCCACACCCCUCCUCCGUCACCUCCCUCCUGGCUCAUUCUGUUAGCAGCUAAUGUUGUCACUGGUUUCAUACUGGGCCACGCUGGUCAGAGCAUUUCAACCACCAGACAGAGGGUUUUAGAUGCCACAGCACAAUGGCAUGUGUACUGUUAUUGAAGCGUAGUGUUGCCUUUAAAGUCUAUACCUGUCCAUUACAAUUGGAAUCCAUCCAUACAGUAUGAGGCAUAAACAUGCACACUUCCUUGUCUCUACUCUGUCAGGUCCACUAAACAAUGUUUAUAUCACAAGCAAACAUCUCAUCUCACGGCUUCGUUUGACAUUAUAUCCUUGUUUCAUGAGUUCUGCAUACAGAUAUUUAGCUGGACAUUGAUUGCAAAAUGCAGGUAUCUUUUUAAGUUUCUCUAUGAAACCAAAUAUUCCAUGGAUAUUUCUACAGGUAUUUCCAGAUGUGAGCUGUUGUCAUGCUUUAGGAUGACUUGGUGGGAGCUUGUCAGUGUUUCUUGGUGGGAUGGCUGAACCUAUGAAGGGCCUUGAUGAGCGUCAGAGCGUCUCCACACUGUGAAGCGCUGUAUGUUGGUGUUGUAUGACGCACUGCAGUACUGAUUCUGCUCUGUAAGCAUAUCCAAGUUGUUGGGGAACAUAGAGACCAGAUCAGAAGAGAAAACAGGGCUUUGUCCAGUUAUGUGGGGGGAUUCUUUAGCUGCAGUAUGGAAGGCUCUGCUGUGUGUGUGUGCGUGCGUGCGUGCGUGCGUGUGUGUGUGUGUACGCGCGUCAGACAGAAAUGGAAGGAACGUGGAGAAGCUACCCUGUGUAGAUCAGAAGGAGUGGGUUAUAUUAGCGCAAUAUAAGAUGUAUAUUUAUUUGAAAUAAUUAUUAUCCAAAUCCAAAUCUAUACUUUGAUGUAUUUGUUUAUCUCAUUUACUAUAAACUGACAUGCUGAUUUAGUUUGACUUAGCACGGAAAUGGUGUUUUACAUAUUAAGAGACUAACUGCCUACAUUGGGAACCCAGUAUUGAACACAACUACACUCAGUCUUCAAGGAUGUGUCUAAAAACAGGUAUCUGUCUUUACUUCCUACCAAAUAAUCUGUUGUGUUGGAAUGGGAGUAGUAGUAUGACAUGUACGUGUGUAUUAAGUGAGUCUUGGUAUCGGUGUGUGUCUCUUUGUUCUGUGAAUACUUGUCUACUCUCUUGAACGGGUUAUAUUUGUGUGUACAUCAGACCAGGGUGCAAAUACUAUAGGGAAUCUUUCAAAUACUUUGUGUUUUCUUUGGCCUGCCUCGUGCCAGAUGGGCGGGGUUUGUUUUACCCUGUUUAGUGCCAGAUGGGCGCGGUUUGUUUUACCCUGUUUAGUGCCAGAUGGGCGGGGUUUGUUUUAGCCUGCCUCGUGCCAGAUGGGCGUGGUUUGUUUUAGCCUGCCUCGUGCCAGAUGGGCGGGGUUUGUUUUAGCCUGCCUCGUGCCAGAUGGGCGGGGUUUGUUUUAGCCUGUCUGGUGCCAGAUGGGCGGGGUUUGUUUUAGCCUGCCUCGUGCCAGAUGGGCAGGGUUUGUUUUAGCCUGUCUGGUGCCAGAUGGG